AUGGUCGCUACAGAACAGUCAUAUUUGAAGGCAAAGAUGUUUGGCCAGCCCUAUGUGCCCAAGGAUUUCAGGGAAUUGGUGUACUAUGCUGAUAUCCAGUCGAGAAGAUUAGUAUUGGUUGCAAAGGAUAGGUUCAUCGAGCACUACUUCUCCGAAUACAAUGCUCCUUGGGGUUACUUGGCCUUGCUUAGAGACAUUCUUGUUGCGUACUGGGUGUACUCGACGUUGGUCAAGCUUGCCACCAAUCUCUAUGGCCACGGGCCUGUGGGCUGCUUGAAGAAAGUGUACCAUGCCAUCUCGAAAUGGUUCUUCGGAAUUGUCAUGGCUUUUCCGCCAAUUAGGGCUAAAGUCGAGAAGGAGUUGGCAUCUACCACUGUUAAGAUGGAGGAAAUGAUCAUGAAGAACGACGACUCGUUGCUCCAGUUCCCGGUGUUGCCGACAGUUGGCUUACACCAAGAUGUGGUCGUCCAGGAAGUAUCGCUCACCGAGAAGACCCUUGCGCUGGACGAUUGGCACGAUGGUAAGUAUACCGGUGGUGUCUACCAUGGUGGCGACGACUUGCUUCAGUUGCAGGCUAAGGCGUAUGAGAUUUACAGUGUUGCCAACCAGCUUCACCCUGAUAUUUUCCCUGGUAUCCGUAAGAUGGAAGCCGAGAUUGUUUCUAUGAUUCUUAAACUUUUCAAUGCUCCAGAGACUGGCUGUGGAUGCUCUGCUUCCGGUGGUACCGAGUCCCUUUUGCUCGCUGGUUUGUCUGCUCGUGAGUUUGGUCGUCGCAAGAAGGGCAUUACUGCCCCUGAAGUGAUCGCUCCCGUGACUGUCCAUGCUGGUAUUGAUAAAGCCUGCUACUACUUUGGUAUGAAACUUCAUAAAGUUGACGUUGACCCAGUCACUUACCAAGUGGACAUUGGCAAGGUGAAGAGAUUGAUUAACAAAAACACUGUCUUGCUCGUUGGAUCCGCUCCAAACUAUCCCCACGGUAUUAUUGACGACAUUGAGGCCUUAUCUAAAUUGGCGGUGAAGUAUGAAAUCCCCCUCCAUGUUGAUGCAUGCUUGGGUUCUUUCAUUGUCACCUUCUUGGAGAAAUCUGGUGUUCACGGCGAUAGAAAGCUUCCAUUGUUUGAUUUCAGAUUGCCAGGAGUUACUUCCAUCUCUUGUGACACCCACAAGUACGGCUUUGCUCCAAAGGGAUCUUCGAUUAUCAUGUACAGAGACUCUGAGCUUCGAAGACACCAGUACUAUGUUGCAAGCGACUGGACUGGUGGUAUGUACGGCUCCCCUACGCUUGCUGGCUCAAGACCGGGUGCAUUGAUGGCAGGAUGCUGGGCCACCAUGGUAUACAUUGGCGAGACAGGUUACUCUGAAUCAUGUAAGGAAAUUGUUGGAGCCGGACAGAAACUCAAGGAGGCUUUGUUACAGGAUGAAACUCUCAAAGAGUACCUUGAUUUACUUGGUGACCCAAUCGCCUCUGUCAUCGCCUUCAAAGCCAGGGACCCCAGCAAGGUCGACAUCUAUUCCAUUGGUGAUCUGAUGGGUAAGAAAGGUUGGCACCUCGCCACGUUGCAAAACCCCGCAGCUUUACACUUUGCUUUUACUCGCCUCACCGUGCCUGUCGCUGACGACUUGAUCACUGAUUUAGUUGACACUGUUAAAGAGAUCGCAGAAUCAGACACCAAGGCUCCUCCAGGAGACACUGCUGCUAUGUAUGGUGUUGCUGGAAACGUGUCUACUGCCGGUGUUGCAGACCGCCUUAUCGAGACAUUCCUCGAUUCCUUGUACAAGCUUUAA